AAGCCACGAUCUAGGAUUCUUAAACCUCCACUCUGUUUAUAUCCGAUCAGUAUCAAAUCGAUACGUAUACGGCAAACACACAAACACAAGGCGCUGGGAACAUUAAUCAAGAUCAACAAGUCAAGAGUGGAGAGAGGUGAUUACAGUGUUGCUCUUGUCUUGGUGAUACUAUUAUUUUGCUCCAAACCACGAAGAUUAGACUCAAAGUCAAAUCGUGAAUAUUUUGACUGUCAUUCAUCUCAGGCAACUUAUACCUACUCGACUUCAAACUCGGAACCGCAUGGUCACCAGAGUCCUAUUCACGGCCCUUUCCUGAACACAAGUGGAGGCCACCGCCAGAAGCUGCUGGAAACACGAGGGCAUGUUCAAAGUUUGAGGUGAGGUUGACUCACUCGGCAAACAAGCCGCCAAUUGUGCACUGCACAGAGUACGCCCUGCGUUCGACAAGGUCUGAACAAGCAGCAAGGCAGUGCCAGCCAGUGCAAGGCCCCCUUGGAAGAUUUGUUGCAGAGUUUGGGUGUCAUCUAUCGGUAAGGCUGAGCUUAACUCAAUAGCCAUCUCCAUUGUGUAGGUAUAUAAAAGGCUCGAUAGGAAUAUACACCAUAAAACCUGAAUCCAAAGUCGCGCACUUGGAAAUGGCUUCCGCUACCGAGCUUUGGCCUACUCAGCCGCCCUCAUUUUCAACACAUCAGCACGCAACACCAUCUUUGCCUUCGGUACCAUCGACCAAGUACCACGACGAGGUAGAAAUGGACCUGGCUAUCCAUCUCGCGACGCUCUGCCGCAAGAGCCUCGUCGAGCUCGACUCUCAUCUUCCCGACUUCAAGCCUUCUCAUCCUUUCACUGCAGAUGAAAUCGUUUCUCUGCCGCUUGAUAAGCAUCGGAUCGACGAUACUCUUCAUGAACUCCCUCGGCGCAAAUCUGCUCGUCAUAACCUGGCCGUCGCUAUUUCUUCCUGUUUGUACCCUGUGCAUCAAGGUUCGCUAACAGCCAUCAUACGCUACGAGGAAGACCGUGUGCGCCUCCGUGCUUGGGCUGCCUUGCAGCGCAGGUAUGACAUGCUGAAGGCCACUAUUCGCAACGGUCAUACCGCCCGUGGCCUGUCCAGCGGUGCCGCCCCUGGUGUCCAGGCGCCUGUUUGGGCCUCCCGUAUCACAUCACAGGGAGUUUGGGGCCCUGCUAAGCAUCCCAUUUCUCUUGAAGGUGUGCCAGCAAUCCCCAUGCCUGUUGAGAUCGCCCACGAGGCCGAUCUUGUGCCAUUCCUGAACCAUCUUAGGGGUGGGGGCACUUCCAAGCUGAAUGGUGAUGAGAAAGGCUUCGAGCUGGAUGAUGGACGAGGUGAGCCUUACUAUGGUGUGAAAGGCGCCGAGUUCCGCAAAGGCGUUGUCUAUGAGGAUGGACGCAUGGAUCUCUGCAAAAUGGUCGUUGGACCUGAUCACAUUGGUAAACUGAUGGACUCGCUUCGACCUAAUGAGUUUGUACGCCACUUCCUGCUGGGCAAUAACAUCAUCGGCCCUGUAGGUGCUCAUGAGAUCGCCAAUUUCAUCCACGAUCUCCCUGGACGAAUUGAUACUUGGUAUCUCGCUGGAAACUGCAUCGACGGACCCAGCUUCAAUAUUCUUGUCGAUGCCAUGAUCGAGUCUGAUGCUAUCACCAACAUUUGGUUGAAGCGAAACCCACUCGGAUCACAUGCCUCUGAGGAUGUCUAUCGACUCAUAACCGGAGUUCGGAAUUUGCGAACUCUUGAUCUCGACCAAACCCAGCUCGGUGACCGAGGAGUUUCGGACCUGUUCAACCGCUUGGCAGGUCACGAGAUGCCCGAGGGUGCGAAACUACCCCUGAAGCAUAUCUAUCUCAACGGCAACGGCAUCUCAAAUGAGGGUGCACAGGCUAUUGGGAAAUUCCUCGUGUCUCCGCACUGCGGCUUGACGUCCAUUUACAUGUCAUCAAACCCCAUGGGGGAUUCUGGUGCAAAUGCCCUUGCUCAAGCACUACCUAAGGCAUCGUAUCUGACUCGAUUGCUCUUACAGUCGAUCGGAGUCAGCACCAAAGGUGCCGUUGCGCUGUGCAAGGCUGCUACUGGUCAUCCCGCUCUCGAAGUGCUUGAUCUUGGACAGGCUUAUGCCACCCAUGAUCUCGGGCAGGCCUACAACUACAUCGAGGAUGGUGCCGUAACUGCCAUUCAGGACCUUGUCUCGGCCGAAAGCCAUCUGUCCUAUCUCAACUUUGGACAUAUGGCAGUGACACCUCCGGCAAUCAAUCUUAUUUCAGAGGCAGUGCUCAAGAGCCCGUCGCUCGUGUACUUCGCGGCCUACCCAAUUCUGCCAGAUCCAGCCCUCAAGGCCGCAACCUUCAGGCCAGCAGUUGACACGACUUUCGCCAACCCAGCUGAGCCGACCAGGCCGCAGAUUCUGAUGAGCAAGGCUGUCCAAGAGCAUCUUUCUGCCAAUGUCAAGGCUCGGUAUGGCGAGGAAACCUCGUACAGUCAGUUCAUGGAGGAGGACAGGCGCUGGCUCGUAAGCGAUAAGACCGAUGUGCGCAAAAUCGACAGCGUGUACCGUAAUCGCGAUGCUGGUCUCGCCCGUCGCCGGCUCCUGACUCUGGUCAAGAAUUGGGAGGAGGGUGAUGAGACCCUUGACCGUGUCAUGGCAGCUCAUGCCCCAACCUGCUCUUUGCGCCGACACUGAGUGACAAAAGGGGUCGAGGAGCAGUUGCUUACUUUUGUCUGACUUCACAAGUCUAUUUCACUUUUUGAAAUGUUGUUUCUGUUACGUUGUUGGAAUGUAACCAGGAAGUGGAGGACAGGGGAGCAUUUGCUCAUUCAACUUGGAGAUGAAUUUAUUCGCUCCUUUGAAAUGUUGUUGUUGCUCUUAGAAACCUGCACUUCUAAUUGAGCACGUUGAAACAUGUCCGUUCUAACAUCA